ACUGAUAAGUUUAUAUUUUGAUCUAGCCGAAUUAUUUGGCUUGGGGAUCUGAACUAUCGAAUAGCGCUACCAUCCCGGUCUGCUAAAGCACUUGUUGAGAUGCAAAAUUGGAGAGCAUUGUUAGAAAAGGACCAGCUGCGGAUAGAGCAGAGACGAGGCCGAGUUUUUGAGGGAUGGAGAGAAGGGAAGAUAUAUUUUCCUCCAACUUAUAAAUACUCACACAAUUCAGACAGAUAUGUGGGAGGUGAAAUGCAUCCUAAGGAGAAACGAAGGACACCAGCGUGGUGUGAUCGAAUUUUGUGGUACGGAGACGGCCUUCAGCAGUUAUCUUAUGUACGCGGGGAGUCUAGGUUCUCAGAUCAUAGACCUGUUUCCAGCAUAUUUUGGGCCGAAGCUGAGUCAGUUCCCAGCCGGUUAAGGAAAAGCACAAGUUGUUCCAGCUCGAGGAUUGAUGUGGAGGAGUUGUUUCCUCCAUACUCGCAUGGUUACACAGAACUAUGCUUCUUUUGAAGUAGUAAAAACGGAUGGUUAAAAAUGAGUACGCGUUCAGUCCUUGAACAUCUAAUAUCAGUGCUUUGAGGGUGUGAAAUUUUACGCACCCAAAGCAAGAUAUGAGAAAAUAUGCAGGCGGGGAAAUGCUCUGGGGAAGCAUAGGGUGAAGAACGAUGGGGACAUCCUUUGCCCAUUAACUGAAAAAUGAUGUAGAUAUUAGACAUAUACUUACAAAGCAAUCGGGCUCGCUUCUUGCUAUUGACUUUUCCAAUGACAAAUGCCUUCUCUUCUCAAAGAACCAGACGAGAUGAGACGAUCUUCACCAGUCUUACUAGGCGGGCGGGAAAAAAUCUAAU